UUCAGCAGGCAGCCCGGGGACGACGUCAGCUUCCCAGUAGAGUAUAUAAGUGAGGAGGGUGCCAGAGCUCAGCAGACUUUACUGAGAGCUUCACUAAGCCCAGCUUGGACCUCCAGAGACCAGCAGCGGACACAGCAAGCCUGCGAAAGGGAAUACUUCACAUCCAAAGAGAAAGAAUUUGUCAACUUCUCUUAUUCUGGAACCAGGAUCCCUGUUUGCAAGAACCGUAUCCAAUAUGAUGAUGAUUUUUGUUGCCGUUACCUUCCUGGGGAGCAUCAACAUGGCUUUCUCCUCUUGCUCAUCCGUGUGUGAGUGUCCACUGGAGAUGCCCAAAUGCGCACCCGGUGUCAGCGUGAUCCUAGACGGUUGCGGCUGUUGCAAAGUUUGCUCCAGGCAGCUGAACGAGGACUGCAGCCUUACCGAGCCCUGCGACCACACCAAAGGGCUGGAGUGUAACUUUGGGGCCACCUUUGCUGCUGCUGCAACUCGUGGCAUCUGCCGAGCCAAGUCAGAGGGCAGACCUUGCGAGUACAACAGCAGGAUCUACCAGAACGGAGAGAGCUUCCAGCCUAACUGUAAACACCAGUGCACAUGCAUCGACGGUGCUGUGGGAUGUGUCCCGCUGUGCCCUCAGGAGCUCUCCUUGCCCAAUCUGGGCUGUGCCAACCCAAGACUGGUCAAGGUAGCAGGCCAGUGCUGUGAAGAGUGGGUGUGUGACAAUGGCAAGGACGCAGACAUUAUGGAGAAGAUCUUUGGCAAGGACAAGAUGAGCGAGGAACUCGAAAGAGACCUCACCAAGAGAAACGAGCUGAUUGCAAUUGUCAAGGGGGGACUCAAGUCACUAGCUGCCUACAGGCCACAAGCUGAGAUUCACAUGUUUGACAGCCAGAAGUGCAUCAGCCAAACCACACCCUGGUCUCAGUGCUCUAAGAGCUGUGGGACAGGCAUCUCCACCAGAGUCACCAACAACAACAGCGAGUGCAAGUUGGUCAAGGAGACUCGAAUCUGUGAAGUGCGACCAUGCACGCAGUCAUCUUACUCCAGUCUCAAGAAAGGAAAGAAAUGCAGCAGAACCAAAAAGUCCAGCCAGCCAGUGAAGUUCACUUACGCUGGCUGCUCCAGCUUGAAGAAGUACAGACCCAAGUACUGCGGAGCCUGUGUGGACGGUCGCUGCUGCAGCCCUCAUGAUACCAGAACCAUCCAAGUCAAGUUCCGCUGCGAGGACGGCGAGACCUUCAACAAGAACAUCAUGAUGAUCGAGUCCUGCAAGUGCACCUACAACUGCCCCCAUGCAAACGAAGCCUCCUACCCAUUCUACCGCCUCUCGAAUGAUAUCCACAAGUUCAGAGACUGAUGAGUGAAAACUUUCCUGAACCCCGAAGCAAGAGAAGUGGCAGCCACUGGCAGUCCAGAUGAAUGCAGGGGUGUAAAUAAGCCACCAAGCAACUACCAGCUUCUUGUUGUAACUAGAUUCCUAAGGAAUUGUGAGCUUGCAUCAGGAGGACUUUAUGAAGUGCACUGUUUGCUGUGACUACAUCAGCACUUAUCUAAGAAUUGCUUCAUAUUAAGGGAGCAUCAAUGCUGGCUUCGUUAUGGAGCAAGAUGUAAUUAACAUUUGUACAUUUACGUUAUUCGCUGAUAUCAAUUCACUGUGUAUAUUUGGAUCUUUAACAUCUGACAUGGCCAAGACUGUAGACUUGUGUGUGCAUAUGUACAUAUGCAUACAACGCAAUAUCAAUUAGCAUACCAUCCCACAAUGUAACCUCUCGACUUGUUUAUCAAGUGUGUGGUUUCAUGACUUCCUGACGUGGGCAUUAUCGUUCAUGUUUUGUGGCAGCUAGUGAACUCCCUUCAUCAAAAAGGCAAAGCGAAACAUGUCAAAAGAUGAAUGAAUGUUUUUGGUGUUGUUAAUAAUAUUAUUUAUCUAAGAAAAUGUAGCUACUUUAUUUGGAUAUUAAAAGUCAUACUGGAAUAAAUUGUAAAAUGAUUUAAUUUUAUAUGUUACAAAUAAAAUGAACUUAUUUAUGAAAUAUGA